CCCGUCGUCAGUCGCCGCUUCCCACUUGGCCGUCCAUCCGCAUCACCUCAUCUCUCUGCAUCUUACUCUUCCCUCCCUCCUCUUCCUCCUUGCUCUACCACUCGGUCACGAUUCAAACGUGCACCCUAUUCCGCCCCAAAAGGACCUUGCAUUCCUCGACCCCCUCAUCGUUCGCUUUCCUCCGCCCGCCGACCGUUGACGACACCCGCCCGGAGCCCGCGGCGCCUCAACAAGCCCAGCACCCAGACGAAGCAACGACCGCACCCGGUUCGCCACCGUCGCCAUCAUGUCGGUCAAGUUCGAGCGGGACACGUUCAAACAGACGGCACAGAACGCCAUGUCGAGCGCCGUCCCCGAAAAUGGCCGCAUUCCCGGCACCAGUGGCAAGCACCCCGUCGCCGAGAAGGUCGGCACCGCCCUCACCGGCGGCAUCCAGAAUGCCGGCACCAAGGGCUACCUGGCGGCCUACAUCAAGCAGCUCGAGUCGAAUCCUCUGCGCACAAAGAUGCUCACGGCUGGCUCCCUCGCCGGUGCCCAGGAGCUUCUCGCUUCUUGGCUCGCCAAGGACCGCAACAAGCACGGUCACUACUUCACCUCGCGUGUUCCCAAGAUGGCCGCUUAUGGCGCCCUCGUCAGCGCCCCAAUUGGACACGUCCUCAUUUGGGCCCUGCAGAAGGUGUUCAAGGGCCGCACCAGCCUCAAGGCCAAGAUCCUGCAGAUUCUUGCCAGUAAUUUGAUUAUUGCGCCCAUCCAGAACAGCAUCUACCUUGUUGCCAUGGCUCUCAUUGCCGGCGCGCGCACCUACCACCAGGUCCGCGCCACCGUCAAGGUGGGGUUCUGGAGAGUCAUGAAGGUUUCAUGGCUCACCUCGCCCAUCUGCCUUGCAUUUGCCCAGAAGUUCCUCCCUGACCAGCUCUGGGUGCCUUUCUUCAACAUUGUCGGUUUCAUCAUUGGCACCUACAUUAACACUACCACCAAGAAGAAGCGUCUCGCAGCUCUGCGUCGCAAGCACUUCGGCGACGGCCGCCCCAGCAACAUGGGUGGCCGACCCGAGGACUACCCCCCACCACCUAUGGGUUCCAACCCCCCAUACUAGGUGCGAUCAGCGAGUUGCGCGCAUACGGCAGAGACACUCUGCUUGGCCAAGGCUGUUUCGUGUGCGCGCGACACGUUGGUACAUCUAGGUCGGCCCAUGAAACGUUUGCAGAGACCUGCCUCGAUGAUCUCUACAUCUGUUCUAGAACGUAAUGACGAGACAAGGUUGUGAGCUGAUGACAGGCGAGGUCCAUGUAGAGGGAGGAGAGACAUGAGACAAGAGGGUGGAUGUUGCGCUAACGAUGCCUGCGCGGAGAUGGGAGAAAACGCCAUGUACAAACCCCUUUUGGCUCGGAUCUGCUGUUUUAUAUCUAGUUGCGCGAUGUUCCUCGGCUUAGAUAUUGUCUCCUAAUCUAGAUUCUGUCUAGAACGCGCUGAGUCCGGUGUGCAGUGCCAUGCAGCGGUGAGUAUUUGACUAUGCGUUGCCGCUGCGUCGCCUUAAGUCUUGAGCCUUGAUACUCUGCGUCCAUCAGGCGUGGUCGGCUUCCCCUGGGUCAUGUCAUCAGGACUAUUGGGUAUCAAUUUUGUGCCACCC